AUGUCCUGGGCGUUUAGUCAUCGACAUGGAAAAAAAAAUCCUUGGUUCGUAACUAACAACCAAGCACGAACCUCCAGCUCAAGUGGAAAGAACACACGGGUAUCAGUAUGUAUUCGUUAACAGUCUCGUUUGCAAUUCUGUGGCGGUAAGCGGUUCUUCUGCGUCAAUUUCCGUUUUGUUUCUUGAAGGAUUCAAUUCCCUUAAAAGAGUACAGUUUGAAAGAAGUUCCUUGAUACGGCCUUUCAAGUGUCAUAAAUCCAUAGAUCAUAAUACACACAGAAAUUGGUAGGGUGCUGAUCCCGCAUUCUCGUCCCUUUUUCGCGAGAAUCCCGCGUGCCGAACUUCUGUCACCGCUAUCCCGAAUAUCGUUUUCUUUCCCAAUUCUGCAUCCCUUGCCCAAAUUUUGGCGAAUCCCGCUUCCCGGGUAGGAGUCAAAUCCCGAAUGUCGUUAACGCUACCCGAAUCCCGCAUGUGUGUUUUGUUUGUUUUUUUUUUUGGUCAUACCCCAGAUCCCGGGAAAUACCCUUCCAGACCCAGUUCUCAUGUUUAUUAUUCGCAGUUGUUUCUAUCGCCAUGCGCUUGCAGAUGUUUUCCAGGUUGCAGAUUUUUUUAUUAUAUGGCUGCAUCCGCGAGCGGGUAAGAUGAAGGGAGUCCUGCAUUCUGAUUGGCUACCCCUAGGGCUUUCUACAAGUUGCUCGAGGUUUUCCAAAAAGUUUCCUGUUAUUUCUCAAAAAGUUGCUCAAAAAACAAUCAAAGGUUGCUUUUUGUGACGAAAGUUGCCCAAAAGUUGCUCGAAAAAGCAGAAACAUUAUUUUUGAGUCUGAUGCUAGAACAUGAAAUUGUACGACAAAAGUAAGAUUUCUAGGACAAACUUGAAGCAAGAGGCACACAUACACCAUACACCCGGCCUGGCUAGUACCUCAAGCAUGCGCACAGCCGUAUCACAAUGCCGAUAAGCCGAUACAGCUGUCCAUGGCUUCCACUGCCCGAGUGAUAUGGCUAUGUGCAUGCGUGAGGUACUGGCCAGGCGGUGGGCUGGUGUAUGUGUGCCCUUUUCUUUAAGUUUGUCUUUUUAAGAUUUCUAAGCAUUUUAAUUUUGUGCAUUUUUGCGGCGUAACCAGCGUUGCCAAAUAACUUUGUCCUCAGUUAAAACCAAAAAAAGUAAUGAGCCAAUAGAGUGUUUUCACUCACGUGACCAGCAUCUAUGCAAAUUUAUUGAAACAAAAGAAAGCGUUUGCAUAAGAAAAGAGUUCAACUCCCGGAGGACUGGUUUGGGACACAAACAUGGCCGCCGUUUCAUUGUUUUGGGACACCAAUAUGGCCGCCGUGACGUCAUGUGAAAACACUCUAUAUUGCAUGUCCUUCUUCUUCUUCGUCCACCAUUUUGAAUAAAAAAACCGCUGACCUAGCUAGCAGGCCGGCUACUUUUAUCUUGCGCCCAUGAAUUGCCGCAGGGGGAAGGAAAUGGCUCUUGUUUUUCACAGGACAUUCAAAAAUUGUCUACUAAAACAUAAUAAAAUAUGGACUGAGAAAGGCCAAUUUAACCACUAAAAGCUGCUCCGAUAUCUCAGAAUCAGGAGAUAACUAGAGAAAUUGCUCAGAAUGCAAAAAGUUGCUCGAAACGAAAAAAGCUACCGAGCAACUUGUGGAAAGCCCUAGCUACCCCAGCGGGCAAGAUCGGGUUUUUCCGUGUAGGUCCCGCAAGAAAAAGUUAUCUUUUUGCCACUAAUAAAUCCUUUAUUACUGACCAAGCUUGUUCGGUCAAGAUGGCUGAAAAGUGGCCUCGUAAUUUGUGCUUUUCUUUUGACCUCGACUUCGUCGGCGGUCAAUAAAAACGCUUAAAAGAACUUGGCCAAUAUACAGCCAUCUUGAACGAACAAUCUUGGUCAAUAACGCAUGUGUAAAGAAAAUACACGAUGAUGUGCAUCUUCGCUUGAAACGCGCUUCACCUUCGAUGGCACGCGGAAGGUUUAAUUUUAGUGGCGAAAAUGCGAACCGGCAGAACUGACGGCCGAAAACAAGCGGACAGUCUUGGUUUAGACGCGAGAGUCCUACAAGGGUAGCACGAAGUUUGGGUCUUACGGGUAAGAAAUGUUAUCUUUUCCUUUGCCGAAGCAGAAGUCGAGAGUUAACGGAAGUUUAUACAAGUAACGGAAAGGCCCAGUGACGCCCAUAUUUUAGGGUUGAAAUUUAGAAUCAGCACGCGCGCGGGAAAUUUAAUCUCGAAAAGUGGCGAAUAUAGGACACGAAAUGUUGCGCACGAAAGCAAACUUGUAACAGACACCACCAACCGACUUUGGUGGCAUAAGCAAACAGUAUAGCAACAUCUCCUUCAAAAAAGUUAAAAUGUCAGAAGACCAAAUAAAAGGUUUGUAAAUAUUGUGGAGAAAGCAAGAAGUCGGCACAGGGGUGAAUUGUUUUUGACACUAACAAAAGUUUUCUUUGGCACGGUAAGUGAAAGUUAAACCACUGUAUUUGUCCGUGGGAAUUUUUUUUAUCGUUUUUUAACACAAAAACAAUAAAAACUCCCAGAGUUGCCAAAUAAUUCUCUCUUUGCAACUUUCAAUUGAAACGAAAGCUUUUAAAAGUGCGCAAAAUUUCUUUAACUAUUCUGUUAUUUGGUGAAAGAUUUUUAGGAACUCAACCUAACGAAGAAAAGAAGGCACAAAAAGGGAAAAAGCGCAGGAAGUCUAGGCGGAGUCGUAAACUGAUCAGUUUCGUAAGUACAACCUACUUGUCUUCAAUGUAAAAGAGGGACUGUCCUAAAAGAGCUUGAAAAACUCUCUGAAUGAACCCUUCCACGGUUUUUUCAAGUUUUGAUGAAGACCACUCAGCGAAUAUCGAUACAUCGACACUGCUGGAAAAAGGUCCAUAAAAUUAGGAAACCUUAUACCACGUUUAAAGGCAAUCUGUCCAAAGCGAGCAAAGAUAUAUUGCUCCACAACCUCGCGAAAGUUUUACAGUACGUUUGUGUGUGUGUGUGUGUGUGUGUUUGAGGGUGCUGGUGAGGAGAAGGAGGGGGGGAAGCUCACCACAACGUCUGUAAAACUUGGCACCUCACUAGACACGUUCAAACUUGGCAGUUGCCGCCUAAUAAACACCUUUAAAAACUGCACUUAGAAUCCCAUUUAAAGUGCAGAGUCUAGUUUUUUUUUGCAUAUCAUUCGCAAACGUUUUACUUCUUCAAAUGACCACUAGGUGGACCGGCCGAACUGGGGAAGGCGAGCUCGCUGUGACAUUAAACUAAUGUGGCAAAUAUCGGUAAGAUUCUGCUGUUGUUGCUGUUAUUUUUGUUGUUGGUACCAGGCCUGAAACCGGUCAGAAUAAGGUGGUAUAAAUCUAACGACACGCCAACUCGCUGACUUUCCGCUCUGAUCUUCACUUGUAUGAUACCACGUGCAAGCACACGUGCCCUGAAGCAAUAGCAAUCACAAGUGUCCUUGGAAUUUUUUUUACAGUAAAACGCGGGCAACAAAAAUGGAAAACGUCUUCUUCCAUAAUCGCUUCAAAACGAGUUAAAACAAUGUUGCGCGUUUUACCACCAGUCAAGUCUGUCUCGCAACAAUUCAUAUUGUUGCAGGUUUCAGAUAGUUGUUGUAUCUUGUUGCAAAACGCCUUAGGGCCUGUUUACAUGGAGUGGGGGACCCCGGUCUAGUGGGGUUGGUUUCUUUUGUUUUCACGCCCUGGGGGACACAAAACAAAAGAAACCUACCCCACUAGACCGGGGUCCCCCACUUCAUGUAAACAGGGUCUUAAACUACUCUCUACUUUUUGCAACAACUUGUCGCAACCUACAACCCGGCACGGUGCACGUGCUUGCAAACAAAAAGAAAUCCAAGGAGCAAGGUCAACGGCUUUACGCGCACUGCUGUACGCACACUGUCUAUGUUAUCUGUGAGGUUCGUACAGAGUCUUGAAUUGUUGAAAUAGUCUUGACAUUUGCCCAGCAAUUUUCCAGACCUGGAAGAAGUCUGAAAAAAUUUGUAAAAAGUCUUGAGUUUUUUUUUUAUUUUUCAAAGUUGAAACAAGUGCUUCAUAAGCGAUACUGUUUUUCGUUUUGGUCAAAUCUGACUCAAUGUCGCCCGUAUGUUGCAGUGGAUCAAGAAAACAGUUUGCUUUCUUCCUUCGUGUUUUAUGGUCUCUAUUGACCACCCUCCGUAUUUAUUUGAUAACCUUGAGGUCGGAAAAAGAAAUUAAUGUUUUGGAAAAAUGUCUGGAAAAAGUCUUGAAUUUUGGAUCCAAAAAAUCUGUACGAACCCGGCCUGUAUCUGGCAAAAGGAACCGGCAUUAAUGAUUUUGGUUCGGCCAUGUAGUGUUGCGUUUCAUUUUCAGUAUUGCUGUCAGCGUAAUUUGCGUUCAAAGCUAAACGGGACUAUUAAUUAAUUCGCCUAUUUCUUUCUCUGCAUCAUUCUUUUUUCCUAGAUUGGCGAAGGCUUCGACAUCUGUCCAGGGCAAGAGGAGUAUUUGUACGAAAACGAGUGGUAAGUAUAUUAUGAGCUAUUGCACAAGACACUUAGAGGUCAGGUUAUCAAUCUAUCCACAAAUUAGCGCUAUUAAAAUUAAAAUUGAACCGAUCUUAAAAGGCGAAGUUUUUGAUCUUUGAACUUGAAAUAUUUUUGGAUAACAAGCGUGGCGGCGACUAAUGUUUCUUUAUGAAGAAGUACAGCUGUCGAAACUAGUCACCAUUCUGGGCUGGUGUGAUCUCAUUCUUACUUCCAUGGAUAAUAGAAAGACAGAGAGAGUGAAAUAUGCGAGGAAACAUAAGACGCGCAAAACGUCGAAUGAGGUUGAAUGACUCUUGAUAAUGUGACGUCACAUUUUUCCACUAUGUUGGAAACGAUCGCGUCAGCCAGUUUCCUAUCCAGUCUUUCUAUUAUACAUGUUACUUCUUAAGUUAGUGACUAACUGAUUUUGCUGGCUCUCAUAGGACACCCACAGAGGAGGAUUUUAAACUUUUUGAUGAAAGAAAGCACCAAUGUUGUCAAGGUAUCAGUGAAAAAUUCAGGUUACAAUCUUUCAGAUUAGUUGCUAAUAGCGAAAACAGUUACAUGGAGAAAAGUACUGAAUUUACGUUCAGUUUUCUAUGGCGUCGUCAAAACUCAUGUGCGAUACGGCUUUUACAGCGCGCGCAACUUCUUAGGAACUUGAAUUAUCGCUUUUUUUCCGGCGAGCUCUUGAGCGGAAACUUUCUUCUUGGAUGACAACAACUUUAAUAUUUAUUUGUACGGAAACAAAUUACAUUUUGUACCUGAGACACUCAAUAUUGUUCUUGGAUUGCUUGCAAACGCAAAAACUAUCAUCAGUAUAAUGUAGAUAGCUGGUAUUUUCUAAAACAAAAAGAACCAGAGAUACGAAACAAAACCAGGAGGUUCUGACAAAAAAAACAAAAAAGCAAAAAACACGAUAGCCGUUUUCAGACACUCCUAGGACCACUUAUGUGAAAAGCAAUUUCCUCGCGCCGUUUUUCUCUCGCGGUAGCUUUUAUCGUGCACGCAUAGUCACGUUUGUUCCCCGCUGUACUCGACGCGUUCAGUGUAUAAAACUCGAAAAAAUGUCAUAGUUACUCCACAGAUUGGUUGUUAUAUCGGGGUUUUGUUGGGGAGGGAGGGGGGGGGGGUGGCUGACUGGGAACCCGGACAAAAAUUUCCGUUUAAAAGCUAUCACAGCCAGUUCCUUUGCACUUUCCGAGUAUAUUUGUAUGCAUUCCGCCGGGGAAGAGAGGUCACAUUCUAUGCACAGUUUUAUAAUCAAUUUAUAAGGAAAAAGGCUCAGUGUAUCCGAAGGUAUCGAGGUACAUCCAAAGAAUAAAACUGUUGCUAUUUUUGGUUUCAUUUUUGCAGAUUUUUCAUCAUUAAAUUCCAGGACAAGACCGUCUCAAGAAUCUUGCGGAAAAGAAAGCUGUUUCUUUGAAGAUGGAUCAAUACUUUAUUUGUAA